AUGACUUCUGAACCUAACUUGGAGCUAACACAAAGGAUAAUGCACAUUGUAGCUAACACAGAGGAAAAUACUUUGGAAAAAAGUCAACUUAUUACAAUGCAUACCUGGAAGCCGAUUCCUGCACAAAUCUUUAUACACGAUUCGCAAGGCUGGACUGUUUUUCCUCUUUUCAAUCGCGAUCUUCUCAUCAAGGAUGAAGUUAAAUCAAAGGAUAAUGAGAUUCAUGCUUCUGAUUCUAUCACCAUUUCAUUACGGAAGCUGUUCAUUGAUGAACCACAAGAAUCUUCUUCGUGUUCAUCAUCAGAAGCCGACGAAUUAGAAGCUCUACCUUCUGGAAUUUUCUGUGUGUGGAGACCUAAGACGGAAAGUGGAUCAUUACCUGUUAUGCGGGUGGAGUAG